AUUGCAGUCUUUCUCUAAGCAAUAUCAAGAGAAUUGCUGCAUUUUAGAGAUUGAACAACAUCUCCACACUGUAGAAAAAAACUUGAGAAUGGCACGCAAGUUGGUUGUUCUUGCUCUUGUCUUCUUCACCGUCAUCGGCAUGGCUGCGGCUCAGGCCCCUGACUCCGCCGCUGAUUCUCCUACUGACAAUAGUGUCAUUGGCACCCUCGAUGGUGGCGCUACCACUGACGCUGCACCCGUCGGUGGGCCCAUUCCUUCUUCAGUUUAUGACAGCUUCUCCCCAACUGGGUCGCCCAACAACGCCGCCAACAUUGCCGGAGCCUCCACCAUUGCUGUCGCCGUUGUCACAACUGGUGUCAUGGGGUCAUUUUUCUUGUGAUUUAGAAAAAAAUAUUGAUUGGAUCAUCUCAACACCAUGAAUUAAACCUUACAAUACAUCAUUUAAUUUGUACUUUUUUUGUUCUAACUCAUAAGUUGUGGAUGUAUAUUGUUUAAUUGUAUGUAAAACUGAUUUGUUUAAACAUCAUGAAAUAAAAACAAAAAAGUU